UCCAAUUACUCCACCCUUCAAACUUCGUUGGUUAUGACAACUCAGGCUCCUCCUCACAAUGGAAAUUUCCCAGAUGCCACAAGCAUCUACUCCCAAACUCUGGGUCAUCUACCCACAGGUACACGGGUCCUUUCGCCCAAUUUCCUCACCGCCUCUCAACCAACAUCAGGAUCUGUCAUCCCGACUCCUAAAAGACCUCCUACUGGUAGAGUGGUCUACGUCGACAGUGCCACUGGCAGAGUGAUACCGGAUAGUCAGUUGGUGCCGGUCCAACGACCCUUGAACAUGGUGGGAAGUGGUUUCAGUUCAGCACCAGCUUCCCAAGUGCCAACAGUUGCCACCUCGCCCAUCGGAGCUCCCACUGCAGUGAUUGGAGGCGCUAUAGCAGAGGACCUCAUGAACACCGCUUCUGCUGCUGCGGCCGAUGCAAAAUCAGCAAGCACUACUGGAGACGUGGCAACUACUGCCUCUGCGGUGGCUAGUAGUAGUCUUCCACAGCUCAUCAGGUCCAGGCCUCAUGGGCCUCCUCCACCAGCUCCUGAAGUAAGUUCGCUAUUCUAG